AUAAUUCAAAUAAUCAAUUUAAAUAUUCAAAAAUUAAAAUCAAAAUGAAAUUUAAUAGUCAAAAUCAUUCUAUUAAUAUUGGUUUUAAUAACAAUGAAAUUAUCGAUAAUUCUAAUAAUCACGAGUUUUUAGAAUUACAAGAUAGGGUAAAAUCAUUAAAUUUUGAUUACUAUGACUACUACGAAUAUAACAAUAACAAUAAUAGUAAUAAUAAUCCCAAUAUUGAAAACAAUCACAAUGGCAAGUUAAAUAAUAAUAAUUAUCACUAUGAUGAAUCACCAUCAACAUCAUAUGAUAAAUGCAAAACAAAUAAUAGUAAUGAUAAUAAAUCAAACAGUUAUAGUAAUAAUAGUAAUAACAAUAUUAUAUUAAACACAAGCAGUGGGGCAUCUGGCACUGGUACAACUAAAAGAGUACAUGGUCAUCGUAGAAGCAAGUCAUGCAUUGCAAGUAGCUCUAAUAAAGAUUAUUACUAUAAUAUAGAUUUAAUAUUUCAUAAAUACUCAAUCAGGGAUGGUGAGGAAACCAGUGAAUCAGUUAUUUCCAACCAUUCUUUAUCAGAUCUAAAAUAUAUAAAUAAUAGAACUAAAAUAUUCCACCACUUAAUCAAUAGUAAUAGUUCUGAUUUAAGAGAAUUAUCAGUCGAAAAAUUACAUGAAAUGGGCUUCAAAGAUUUUAGCCACCAAACGAUUCCAUAUGAAGAAAUGAAUGAAAUUUUUAAAUACAUAGAGUCCUCAAAUGAAUUAGUAAGAGUUUUAGUUGCAUUGGAGUUUAUCUUUUAUCACCAAAAUAAACAUAAUCAUUCACACAAAUGCGAUUACAGUAAUUUCAUAGCCCACUUAUUUUUUGAUAGAUCACCAGUGGUUUUUUAUUGUUUAACCAAGCUUUCAAACACCUAUUUAUCAGAAAAAUUCAGUUUUAAAUUUAUUUUCCAACAUGAAAAGAUUAAAGAUUUCUUUAAUGACGAUUUAAUUUCAUUAACUGAAAGAGAAAAUAGAAUAAAACUAUUUAAAAACUCUGGUUUCAAUUAUCACCAUGGAACAUUAAAGAGAUCAAAAAAGAAAAAUCAAGAUUUUGAAAAAAAAUUACAAAAAUCAUUUGAAAAUCAAAAAGAAGAAACAAAUGAUGAUAAACAAUAAAGUUCAAUUGAACUUUAAAGUAUUAUUUAUCUAAUGAUCAUUUUUUAAAAAGUUCUUUUUUAUUUAAUAAAUUUUGACCCUUUUUUUCUGGCCAUAAUAAACCCGUUGUUUUUUUUUUUAAAACAAAUAAAAUACAAAAAAAAGAUAUUAAAAAUAGU